GGGGACGACGAGGAGGAGUUUGGGGAGGGGAACGAGGAGGCAGGCGAGGAGGAGGCUGGUGGUGGCGGGGGUGAUGGUGGUGGCGGGGAGGGGGUUGGCAACAAGGGGUGGCUGCGUGGUAAUGCAAAGGUACCAAAGCAGAUUCCUGCUACCGAGGAGCAGAAGUGGCUCAUCGAGCCCACGGGGAAAGACAACUGGAUAUAUCCUAAAGGGGCCCGUAUUCCCAACGGCCUCAUCACCGUCUUGCUGAAGGUAUACUGGCCGCGGUUGUACUGUCCGGAUCCAGUCAGGCACCUGGACCGCCUGGUUUUGGCCACGAGCUGGGACCACUGGGUAGCGGCCCCCCACGCGGAUUAUGAGACCCAUGCUAAGGUCGUGAUCACUAAUUUUUGGAAAUACUAUCGAGUUCUUCCGGAGCACAAGGCCAUUGCCGACCAGAUCGUGCUUUGCCAAGCCAAGAGUAAGGCCCGCCAGAUGCAGUAUGAGGUGUGUUGGGUGGCCAUCUCGACAUACUAUCACGACGCUCUUGGUGUGAAGAUGACCAAGGAAGAAGCGCGGAGGACGGACAUUACCUUGGAGAGGCACCAGUACUUGGCGGUGUGUCCAAAUUGGUGUUAUGGAAAAGACGAGUCCUGGGCAGCAUUGGUGGAUCUGUGGUGUGAUAACGAUGGAGCUUGGGCGGCUACGAGCAUCAGAAACAAGGCUAACAGAGGCAGGGAGGGAGUACAUGCUCAGGGAAACCGAAACCACUUUCUUCACAAGACACUUGAGGAGGAGAAACUGAAGCGGCCGCUCUCACACAUGGAGGCGUGGGAGAUCGCCCAUACACGAAAGAAGCCCAAGCCUGGUGAGGCCAAGUACUACGGCAAGACCGUGGAGUAUAAGAAGGCCUACUCCGAGGGGUAUCUGAGUUUACAUCCUGACACACCUGACCCCAUUGCGGCGGAUCUGGACAAGAGGGUGGUGGUGAGCAUGGGGAAGAAGCACGGUCACUCGCCGUUUCUGGAUGCUGUGAUCACUCCUUCUAUCUCCUACACACAGCUCUGAGCUACCAACCCGAGCCUGUGCUAGCGCACGAGCACGUCCAUGACCAGUGCGCAGUCACAGUCCCUCUUUGCUGAGCAGA